UCCUCCGGUGACGUCAGCGCGCGCCGCCAUAUUGGGAAGCGCCACCUCCGCCGCCUCCGCUCGGGCUCCUGGGCUGUGUGGGGCCACAGCCGCGGGUCGAAGGCUUCCUUGUGUACCCCAUCGACGCCCGGCCCGCCGGCUUCGCCCAGAUCCGGCUCCUCAUGACUGCCUUCGGCCCCGCAGCCCACGGACAUCUCCCCAGCUCCAAGAAUUAACACGGAAGCUCCUGGGGCCGGGGCGGAGAGGGAGAGCCGGCCGGUCCCGCGUCCCUGUCGGCCCGGCGCGGCUCUUCUGCGGGAGCCAUGACCUCGCUGACCCAGCGGAGCUCGGGCCUGGUGCAGCGGCGCACCGAGGCCUCACGGAACGCUGCCGACAAGGAGCGGGCGGCGGGCGGCGGCGGCGGCAGCGGCGAGGACGAGGCGCAGAGCCGCCGCGACGAGCAGGACGACGACGACAAGGGCGACUCCAAGGAAACGCGGCUGACCCUGAUGGAGGAGGUGCUCCUGCUGGGCCUCAAGGACCGAGAGGGUUACACAUCAUUUUGGAAUGACUGUAUAUCAUCAGGAUUACGUGGCUGUAUGUUAAUUGAAUUAGCUUUGAGAGGAAGGUUACAGUUAGAGGCUUGUGGAAUGAGAAGAAAAAGUCUUUUAACAAGAAAGGUGAUCUGUAAAUCGGAUGCUCCAACAGGGGAUGUUCUUCUUGAUGAAGCUCUAAAGCAUGUUAAGGAGACUCAGCCUCCAGAGACAGUCCAGAACUGGAUUGAGUUACUUAGUGGUAAGCUGAUGUAUUAAAAGUAAACAUUGCAU